AUGUCCAAGAAGUUGGUAUCUCGUGGCAAUGCUUGUGGUCUUGAACAUGAAGGGACCUUCUACCAUUGUAAUGUUUGUUCUUGGUUUUGGAUCCAUCAGGAUCGUGCUUUGUUGCCUGCCAAGUUACUCAUUCAACAUCAAAAACUAAUGGCACAUUCACUCAUUCUCAUCCGCUUACCCGUGCCUAUUCAUUUCCCCAAAUUGAUAGAGAAAAUAAGUUCUACCCCAACUAUAGAGUCUGUAGCAUGGGAUUGUUUAUUUGCUUUUGGAUAUACAAAUGUGAUAAAUGUCAAUACUAUGUUCAUUGUGAUUGUGCAACUUCAAAGAUACACCAUGCUAAGACUUUACAAAGUUUCAAAGAUGAUGAUCAUCCUAAUCUAG